AAAAUCCAUACCGGGCAAAGAUGAAGAGAGGCAGAGAAAACGGAGAAAUGAAGAGUUUCGACAUAGCAAGAUAUCUCAUUCAGCUUUCUCAAGGCAUUGAAACCCAAAAAGGCCAUUUGGGUAGCAAUGUUUUUGAGUGCAAAACAUGCCACCGUCGCUUCCCAUCCUUCCAAGCUUUAGGAGGCCACCGGGCGAGCCACAAGAAGCCAAAACUGACGGCAGAGACAGAGGAUGCUACCAAUUCUCAGAGUCCAGCAACCAAGCCUAAGAGUCACGAAUGCUUCAUAUGCGGCAAAGAGUUUGCCCUGGGGCAAGCUCUGGGAGGUCAUAUGAGGAGGCACAGAAACGCCAUGAAAGAGAGCUUGAGUUCAAUUCCAGUUGCGUCGAGCGUUCCUGUGUUGAGCAGAUCAAAUAGCAGGAAGAGGGUUUUCUGUAUGGACCUGAAUUUGACUCCUUUGGAAAAUGAUUUGGAAAUUCUGUUCGGGAAGAAUGCUCCUAAAGUUAAUCUUUUUAUUUGACAGUCAUAUGUAAUCAUCUAUUCAUUUAUUUUUUCUGUAUGAUUCUUCAAAUUGAUUUUUUAACUUUAUGUGAAAGAAAAUAAGAUAUAUUUUUUUGUUGCAUAAAUUUUGAUUCUGUUA